AUUUGCAGGAAGAGGAGGAGGAAAGAAGGAGAGCUUGGGGCUUCGUGAAAGGUUCAGAAGACUAUCUCUCCAGGAGGGACUCAGAAGAGAUACGGGGAAAACACCGUCCUAAUAAUAUCAGGCCAUGGAUUUCCCAGGGCAUUUUGACCAGAUCUUCCAACAGCUGAAUUAUCAGCGCCUACAUGGGCAGUUGUGUGACUGUGUGAUCGUGGUGGGGAGCCGUCACUUCAAGGCGCACCGGUCAGUGCUAGCAGCUUGUAGCACACACUUCCGGGCUCUCUUCACAGUGGCGGAGGGAGACACCAGCAUGAACAUGAUCCAGCUGGACAGUGAGGUGGUGACGGCUGAGGCCUUUGCUGCCCUCAUUGAUAUGAUGUAUACCUCCACGCUGAUGCUAGGUGAAAGCAACGUCAUGGACGUGCUGCUAGCUGCUUCACAUCUCCACCUCAACGCUGUGGUCAAAGCUUGCAAGCACUACCUGACCACCCGCACCCUGCCCAUGUCCCCCCCUGGCAGCACCAAUAAUGAGCGUGCCCAGCAGGAACAGCAGGCUGCCAGCUCCCGGCUCCAACGCUCCUUCCUGCUGCAGCAGUUGGGUCUCAGCCUCGUCAGCUCGGCGCUUGGAGGGCAGAAUGGGGCUGAUGAGACCAAUCCGAUCCGGGGUGGAGGAGCAGGGGUGGUGGAACAGCGAGCAUCCUUUCCCAUACGGCGUUUUCACAAGAGGAAGCCCUCUGCUGCUGAGGACAGGUCCAGGCAGCGGCUGAGGCCUUCAGUUACAGCUAAGGAGUCCAUGAUGAUGGGGGACGUUGGUGGUGUUGUGGUGGAUACAGGAGCCAAUGCUCGUGAAUUCUUCUCCACGGAUUCCCAUAAGCUAGGCAAUGGGCCAAAAUUGGAUGGAGGCCUAGGAAGCAUAUCAUCAGUGGACAAUCAAGAUGACAGCACCAUGAUGUUCGAGCAGCCCUAUGGCACCCAAGAAGAUGCCCAGCUGCCUAGCCAAUCAGAUGGUGGCAACAACACAGGAAUGAGCCGGAAUGACCAGGCGGCUGAUGAUGGCAGCUUCCAGGGUCAGGUCCCCCCUGAGGAUGCAGGGAAGGAUGUGGGAGUGCAGGAUGAAAAGGAAGAGGAUGAGGAGCAGCACAUGCGUGUGGUGGUGAAGAGUGAACCCCUGAGCUCCCCGGAGCCCCAGGAUGAGGUCAGUGAUGUCACCUCGCAGGCUGAGGGCAGUGACCAGGUGGAACACGGGGCUGAUAAAAUCGAGCUGAGUCCAGAGAGUAGUGACCGCAGCUUCUCAGAUCUUCAGUCCACUACUGACCGUGCAGGGGACAUACAUCUACUGGAUGCUCCUGGUGGAGGAGGGAACAGCAGAGGAGGAGGUCCCACCAGCAAUGGCAACCUAGAUGACAAGCAGCCCUUCAGCAUCUCCAGCUUCCUUAGUAAAGGUAGGGCAGCUGGAGGGAGCUACAGCCAAGGCAUUAAAGAUAACCUUGCCAAUACCACCAGCGGGGAGUGUCGCAUGGAAGGGGAUACAGCCUAUCUAAUAAGCCCUGAAUCUGUCAAUGGGCAUUCCCACCACCACCAUCACCACCGCCACAAUCAUCAGCACCUGUCAGAGGACAGCAACCCUUUCAGUGAUUCCUCGGACGCUCACUUCCUGCGACCAAUGCAAGAUGCAAUGGGCCAUGGCUACCGCGGGGGCGAUCAGUUUUCAUUGGACUUCCAAGGGUCCAGCCUGGGCCUACACUCCUUUUCCAGGUCUACAAAAGGAGUGGAAGGAGGUGGAGGAGGGAUGCCAGCAAACAUGGGUUUUCCAGGCUACCGUCGUAUUGCCCCUAAGAUGCAAGUGAUGGGUGCCUCAAUGCGAAUGGAUGGAACUCAGUUGCAGGAUGCGUCAUCUUCCUCAUCUUCCUUUGGAGGUGUUGUUGGAGGCAGCAGCUCCAACAUGCUGCUCAAUAGGGCAGCUUCCUCGGGUUACGAUGGGGGUCAGCAGGUGGUGGCCCCUCCCCAGUUGACACGCGCCUCUGCUGAUGUACUGUCUAAAUGUAAGAAAGCACUCUCAGAGCACAAUGUGUUAGUGGUAGAAGGGGCACGCAAGUACGCCUGCAAAAUUUGCUGCAAAACUUUCCUAACCCUAACAGAUUGCAAGAAGCACAUCCGUGUGCACACAGGGGAAAAACCCUACGCUUGCCUCAAAUGUGGUAAGCGCUUCAGUCAGUCCAGUCACCUCUAUAAGCACUCGAAGACCACAUGCCUGCGGUGGCAGAACAGCAACCUGCCCAACACUCUGCUCUAACACCCCGUCUAACCCUUCUACUCACAAUCUUCAACUCAAAUUGGACCUAUUGCCCAAAACCUUAGCACAGGUGGACGGCUAUUACUUUCAGGGUUAUCAUGGACCUAAAACGAAGUGGGUAGUAGUCACAGUUUCCAAACCAGUAGUCAUAGUACACAGGAUAAUAGAAUAAUCCUAACCUUGAAAGCUAUAGCUAAAGCUGUCAGUGUUUUAUUUUAUUAUUUUAAGCUGCCAAUAGUUUGUUGUAUAGUACUUAUAUUUUUUAUUUUGUUCUCACUAACACUGUAAUAUAAGCUGUUGAAUCAAACAUGACCCUGGUUAAUAUCUGUAUUUUAAUCUUGAAUUUAAAAAAUAAACAUAGAUAACAUACGCACUAUUAAUAUUGAACAUUUUAAGAGAUCUAUUUAUUUAUUUUUUUAACAACCACAAUUGAUUUAAUAGACACUCUCUUAUGUCCCAUUGGAUUGUUUUCAUUUUUUUUUAUUUUUUUUUUUUUUUUAUAAAUAUCUAAGAUCUUGUCUUACAGCAUAAUUUUUGUUUUGUUUGCCAGUACAUUUUGCACAAUAUAUUAGCUGGAGGGAUGGAGUCCUCUUUAGGACUGAACAGUGCAAUAUAAGGUACUGCUUCAUUUUAACAAGCAUUUUUACAACAGCAAAUGUUUUGAAGUGACACUGCACAGCAAACAGGGUAGUCGUCAUGGACUGCACUGAAGCCAGUGGUGACUGUUGCGAUUUACAAACUAACCCCCAAAAAAGGCUGACUUUUUGUUGUUUUCCAAAAUAAAAAAAAAUAAAACAU